UGCCGCAAUUGUUUCGUUUGAUUUCGUCGCGAGGACAAUUUGUCGAUUUGCCACAGCCACAAAUCGUACGGCUACAUCUGAUAUUUACCAGUUUUGCCUCGUGAUGUGUUUACACAUAAUACAACCGUGCGUUAUCAAACCCACAAACAUUGUCAGUUCAUGUUAGCUCCAGCUCACUCUUCUGGUCAAAGUUCGUCUCCAUCAAGGCCUCUCUUCGGAACAAUUGCUUGAUUGGUUAAUGUAGUGUAAGUACGUAAAAACAAGAACGCUGCGACGAACCCAUCAUAGAAAUAGUCUUUAGAUGGACGUGCCUCGUGUUGGCUGGUGUUUUACUAUCCUUGUUUCAUUCGUACCGUGCGCAGUCCGAGAAAGGCCUGAAUCGACUGAGAUCGUUGUUGGAGUGGCUGUUGGCAAUCUUCUGACCCUAGCUUCGUACUUCCAAAAACAAUAGCCAUCAGAGUUCCGCGUGGCGCUUGCGGCAGGGGCAAACUUUUUCCCUCUUUUUUCCUCUCUUUCUGGUGUUACUUCGCGCUACGAGCAAUAAGAAUUUACAAGAAUCACGCUGGCUAUCCGCGUAAGGUGCGAUUUCAACAAGGUGUCGUUGUCCAUCCUAUGGAAGGUGCGGGAGUAAUUUGGCCGGGUGGCAAUCCUGCAACCCGAAAACGCUGUCUCGACCCAGACGAUCCUGAGCUCCAACCGAUUUCAAAACGGAUCCAUCUGAUUCACAUUGGUGACGAGGCCCUUAGCUCUGCUUCAUCCUCGCACGUGUCAACAAACAGCGUUUGUCCUAAUUCGAACGCCGGACAAGCGACGACUCUACCAGGAGUAGCGGUGGCCACGGCGACGGGUACAGUAAUAGCUGCGAACACAUUGGAGAAUCGACACUACAUAGAGAUCAACCAGAUUCUCGGUCAGAUCCACCAAGAACGACUACUGCGUCGCGACGCCGCAGGUGCGUCGCCUCAUAUGAGAUUGUAGCGACACCCGGGUGGUAAAUACAACCAGAGCGAGAGGGCAAGGGGUUAGGGCAAACUCGAAUUUGGUGGUCAUUGUCGUCAAUGUGUGAAUAUGGAUAACUCUGAUUGGUUGUUUUUAAAUGAAGAGGAGCUAAACGAUUUACAAAGCGCGAUACAGCUUAAUCCUAGUUCUACAGUUCGAGGCACGAAUGCUCGAGAGCAGGACGAACCUGGUGGUAGUGGAAAUAACGUCGAACAGCCGCGAGGUUCCCAAUCAUCACGGAGAUCGGCAGCUGCUCCAAGAAGGUCAGAAUCAGCGGAGACCGACGGAACUUCAGCAACGGGGGGGCGUUACGCACAAAUUUUAUCGGGAGAGAGAGUGUUGGUAGAUAGACGAGGCGCUAUGGGUGACGAACAAGGUCGCAUUGGUCGUUCGAGACGGGGAGCGGCGAAUCGCAAUGGGCGGACAGCGGCUCCUAACGGUGAGGGUCCUGCAGGUGCGGACCGUUUCGUGAUCAACUCGACUCAAUGGGAGCAUCGAAGUAGUCGGGCUACGGCAAGCGCCCGCAACACACGGAGUCGACGUGGUACUUCGCAGUUACUCUCGCCAUCACAGAACCCGCGUAGAUCCCCAGCGGAGCCGGCGUCUCGUUCUGAUGUUGGAACCUUAGAAACGGAAGAAAUCGAUGGUGAUACCGAAGGUGACGACGAAGCUCGAUGGGAGCUUCCGCCGAGUAGGGGGGUAGGCCGAGGUACCAGAUCGUCUACGGGGACUCGAUCGAGAUCGACAAGAGCGACUUCAAGACUUGUUGAAGAGUUUUUGUCCGACGACGACAGCGAUUCCACAAACCCGCUAGGCGUCGAGCCGGCCUUCCUCAACGAGCUCGACGCCGUCGCGGCAGAAAUGGACGCAAUCUUUUCCGACGAGGCAACUAUUUCUGAUGACGACGAGUUGACAUUUGAUGAAGAGGAUGACGAUUUUCUGCCGGCGAUCAACGUGUCAGGGUUACAAGGACUUCGGGUUAUUGUGGAGGAAUUAUCGAAUCAAGAAAUGGCUCGACGCGGUGGGGCAAAUCCGAUAGACAUUUCCAGUGAUGAAGAUACCGAAGAACAGCGGCGAGAAUGGCGAAGACGUGGAGUGGAUACAGCGAAUGCACGAAGGCGUGCGGCUGCCAAUGUAGCUGCGGACGCUGAAGAGCAGGCUGCCCAGGCCACUGCGCCGUCGCAGGGGAGCCGUAGAAAUGAAAGGAUUGUCUCCAGACAACACGAUGCUCGUGGUAACAGUGGCAACGACAACAGCAACAGUAACAAUAAUGAUAAAGAUGACGAAGAUUCUCAAGGCCCAUCGAAAAGAUGCCGGCUGGAUCCAGAUGUUAAAAACGCACGACUUGCCGAGAAAGAGGAUGACAUAAACCGGGUCGCAACAUGCUCGAUUUGUCUCGAUGACAUGAACCAGGGUGGAGAUCACAGACUUGUCGUUCUCAAAUGCGGACACUGUUUUGGCGAAUCGUGCGUGAAAAGAUGGCUCAUGUCCGGUAAGCGUUCCUGUCCUAUGUGUAAUCGUCAAGCUUCCUUGAAGCAUAUGCGUGUCGCCUUCUUAGAUUGUCAUCGAUUAGGCGAAUCGUACGAGUUAGCCGAGGCUCGUAAAGAAAUCGACGACCUUCGCUACCGCGAGCAAAAGUCAUGUGAUCAGGUUCGCGAGCUUAACUUCCGAGUCGAAGCGUUGGUUGGGCAGAACGCGUUGCUGAAUGAGCGUGUUCGUCAACUUGAGAAAGGUGCACAUGUUAACCAACCUUAUCUCGGCCAAAGCUCAAACGAACUUGGCGGUUUCCCUAAAACACAGUCCUUCACCAAGCUGAGUGGCCAUUGUAAAUACAUGGCGUAUUCGGACAAGUUAGGCCUAAUAGCUGUUUCGGCUAAGCCAGUCACUCCAUUUUUUGAAGGUUUUUCAGUCGAACUUUGUUCCCUGUACGAUCUGAAAUCACGUCGGGCGAAGUUGCUACACACUCAUGAAAUAAAAGACCUCGAUUUUCAUCAAAACAAGUUAUGGCUGCUAACAGCUUCGCUAGAUAACUCGGCACGAAUUAGCAGCGUCGACAACCUAGGCCUAGCAAAUGUUCACACGCUGCAGUUACACAACAAGGUGUGGUCCGCUUGUUGGAGUAAUGCAUCAGAUACAAAUUUUUAUCUGGGCCUACAGAAUGGUGAUAUUGUCGAGUAUGACGUGCGCACGCUAAGAGAUCCGGUUCAGGUCUUGCGGGGUCCUAGCAACAAUAUGAUACCCAUUGUCUCGUUGAAGUCCAUCACCGUUAACCAAGAAAGAAGAGAAGUUCAUGGCUUGGCAUGUUCCCAGCUGCGCAACGCGAUUCGGAUUUAUACGGAAAUCGGCCCGAACCGUUACCAGGCGCAAAACAUCCCUACCGCUGGCAACUGCUUUUCCCUCUCUUACUACGCCCCAAACGAGACUCUCUUGGUGAACAGUCGCACGUUCAGUGGCUCGCAAGGCUUGAAGGGCGUUACGAAUGAGGUAUUCUGCCUUGAUGGACGCAAUGGUGAUACGGUGGUGUCGGCGAAAUGCAAGUUCCAGUCGGGUGGCAGCUCUUCAGUGAUCACAAAGCCGGCAAUUGUCACAUCACCGACUGGUGAACUCUGGGCGUGCUGCCUUGAUGAUCAGGCCAAGACCAUUCAGGUGUUCUCCUGCAAUGAUGCUUCGCUUCGACUCACAUUGAAGUCACAAGAUCCAUUAGCCAAACAGUUCACGCAGGCCGAGCGAAUCUCUCUACGUGGAAGAUCGGAGUACGCCCUGGCUGGGUUGUCAGACGGUGGCCUCACAAUUUUUGCUUAAGCAAAUGGUAGUGGAAUAAAAAUUUAAAAGCAAUGGUUCACUGAAGUGAGUUAACAAUGUCGCUGGCACAAUAGAAUCCAUCAUAGAUGGAAAGACCUUCUGUAACGAUCAUUGUGACGCAAAUCCAGCGGACCUAGAGGAGCGUACUUUUGACUGAAUAACGUGGACCUAACGAUGUUGCAAGAAGGAAAAGCAAUGAGCGAUGUUUACCUAUUUGUCUGGGAUAGUCUUGACAAUUGAGUGCGAGGUCUCUUAAAUCGAAGUAUUUUAUGUUAUAAUAAUAGGUCGCUUUACAGAGUAAUUAUAUACAUAUGAUUAUACAUAUGCGUGUGUAUGUUGGAGGGUAUAUACGUGUGACACAGAGAAACGAAUCGAAUAGAACGGUUUUGAUAAGAAAUGUCUUACUGUUAUCCGAAAUGGAUUAACGUCAUUAUGAUCAUAUGUAUGUUAUUAAAUCGCCAAUGUUAUUUCAUAAUGUUGUUUCUAAAUCAUAAAAAAAAACCAAAAUGGGAAAAACCUUGAAUUUGUUUUGCCGGUAUGGUUAAUUUAUGCCAUAUCUCUUUAUAACCUUUUGCUUUAGAGGAGAGAAAAUAACAAGGGUGCUCGAUGACAUGAAAGUCGCAGACGAACCUCAACCUACGAACGAACGCGAACCAGCAACCACGUACAAUUUUGCAAACGGAAAUAGAACAAACAAUUUACAGCUUGUCGCGAUUUUAUGUUGCCCAUUUAGCGACGGCUAAUGAUACUGCUACGAAUAUAUUAUAUGAAGAGAUUAUAUGAGACAAAUGCAACGCGUAGUAUAUUGACGUUCUUUAGAUGAGUCAGCUACUCAAACAAAUCGCAUUUUUUGUCACAAUGGAGACACACAUAUUAAUACUAGAGUUCUUUUGCGGCAGCUUUGUAUGGCUAAUAAUUGCUUAAUAAUUGGAAAUUAGGAAAGCUGUCGUGAUUGAGAAAAAUUGUACAUAACAUUGUUCACCCUCAUGUCAGUGUUUCUUUUUUCUAUCUGAGGUGCUUUUUGGUUUACAAUAAUUACGUGAUGAUGACUGAUUGAUUUUGCUAUCGUUAUUGAAGUCGGUUGAUUUUGUGCGUUAAUUUAGGGAUGGUGAAAUAUAAGUGAUUGUGGAAAGAGGCAAACGUGAAAUAAAUCUUCAUGCUAAUAGCAUUGUUGACGUAUA